AGCGUUAACCACCUUCUUAUUCCGCGAGAUAGCAGCAGUGUGCAUUCCUUCGUAGUAACGAUUGUAACAAGCUAAAUCUCGUAAAUAAAGAAAUUGGUGUACGAUAAAGGAUUAUUCGGGAGUACUAAUUAAAUUUGGUAUUGGCUUACCAAAGAAUUGUGAUUUACCGAGGGAGAAUUGGAGUGAAGAAAACAAAAAUGGCAGACAAGGUGACAUCGCCGGCCGUGAUAACGGCCUCGAACAUCCCGGCAGUACAAGCUUCGUCCGGAAAGAAAAGUGCAGCGGCUAAAGCAAAGAAGCCACGUUCCAAACCGACGCAUCCUAAGACUGCAGACAUGGUGAUUUCUGCUAUAGAGAAUCUUAAAGAUCGUAGCGGUUCUUCUCUGCAGGCUAUUAAGAAGUACGUGGUGACCACGUACAAGGUCGACGUUGAGAAGCAAGCACCGUUCAUCAAGAAGUAUAUCAAGACUGCUGUGGCGUCCGGAGCAUUGGUUCAGACUAAAGGCAAAGGCGCUGCUGGGUCAUUCAAGCUUUCCUCAGGGAAGUUGGAGGUGCCUAAGUCUAAGGCACUCAAGGCCAGUGUCAAGAGCAGUGCAACUAAGAAACCAGUGGCUAAGAAAACAAUCGCCAAGAAGGCUUCUCCUGUGAAGAAAGCACCAGUCAAAAAGCCCGUGACUGUUAAUGAGAAGAGGAAAGUGGUUAAGGGGCCUGCUGCCAAACAGCCAAAAGCUAAGGCAGCGUCGUCACCGAUUUCUCGUAGUAAGAGCAUCGCUAAGGUCACUCCUGUUAAGAAACAGAAUCUGAGGAAGACGAAAAUUCCGGCUAAGGCGAAAAAACCAGUGCCCAAAAAAGUCACGGCGGCUAAAAAGAAAUAAGUUUGAGGAAUUACGAUCAGUUUUUCUCAUGAUAAAUACUUCAAUCGGCCCUUCUCAGGGCCACCAUUUUGUCUCGCUGCGAAGGAAUUAUAUAUUCGUUAGUUCUUUGUUAGUCAAUACAGUAUUCCAACUGCUAUUCUGUUGCGACUAAAAUUUAAAAUCACUUUUCGCUUAGUUCCAUAUACCAUUCGUUUGAUGUUGAAAUUUUGCGGAUAAGCUAUUCGUUGGCAAUUAUUAGUAUAGAUUUUCGAAAUAGAAUUGAUGAAUGUUCUAAAUAUCUGAACUAAUUCUUGAUUUUUCUAGACUUACUGUAAUAUAGUUAAGAAUUUCAUUUUUUUUAUUGUUAACCCUGUUAGCAACGUAAGAAAGAGUACCUGAUUUCAAUUUUGAUAAUAUGUUAAUAAUAAAUAUAUUGUAUAUCCAUUCAA